AUGGGCCCAUCGGAUUACAGCUACGAAUACUUCAACGUCACAUUCCCCUCCGAAUAUGUCGCCCAAGUCGAAAUCAACCGCCCCAAAAAGCUCAAUGCCUUCAUCGAGCAGAUGUGGGUGAACCUAGGCCACAUCUUCCGCAAACUCUCCACCGAUCCAGACGUCCGCGUAGUAAUCCUCACAGCAGCCGGCGACCGAGCAUUCAGCGCCGGCCUCGACGUCCAAGCCGCAGCCGAAGGCGGCAAUAUCACAGACCGAAGCGCUCUGGAUCCUGCUCGAAAGGCGACGAAGCUGAGACGACACAUUCAGGAGUUCCAGGACGAUAUUUCUGCGAUUGAGAGGUGUGAAAAGCCUGUUAUUGCUGUUUUGCAUGGGGUGAGUUAUGGGUUGGCUCUUGAUAUGACUACUUGUGCCGAUAUUCGGAUUUGCGCGAAGGAUACUCGGUUUUCCGUUCGUGAAGUCGAGAUUGGACUGGCGGCUGAUAUUCGGACGCUCACGAGAUUACCGAAGGCUAAUGUGCCUAUGAGUUGGAUCAAGGAGGUCGCUCUGACUGCGAGGGAUUUUUAUGCGGACGAAGCUUUGAGGGUGGGCUUUGUGUCAGCAGUAUGCGAGACGAAAGCCGUAGCACUUGAGAAGGCCCUCGAGAUGAGCAGGCUGAUUGCUAGCAAGAGUCCGAUCGGUGUCCAGAGCACGAAGGAGAUUAUCAAUUUCUCUCGAGACCACUCUACGCUCGAUGGAUUAAAUUAUGUCAAGGUCUGGAAUGCCGCGAUGGUACAGACCAAGGAUGUGGAGGAUGCUAUGCUGUCUGGGUUACAGAAGAAGAAGCCCGAAUUCGCAAAACUAUGA